AUGGCCAGGUUCCUAUCGCUCGCGCUUUUGGCGGUCCUCGUCGUCGGGGUGGUUACUCCCCUGGAGGCAGCGCCGAAGAUGUCGCUGUACGAGAAGAACCUGAACGACGUGAUCACCGUCGUCAAGGCGAAGCCCGGUUACAAGGCUUUCGCAUCACUCGUCGGCGCAAUUCUCAAACAAUCCCAGCUGAAGAGUCUCGUCCAGCAGAACCUGACCAUCUUCGUUCCCAACGACAAGGCUCUUAACGACUUCAACCUCACCCAGUACGCCACCGCCGACCUCCUUAAGGUCGUCAAGUACCACGCCGUCAAGGGCACGUACACCUUCGCGCAGCUGCAGGCGCUCGCCGCAUCUGGCGGCAAGCUCCAGACGACCUUCGGAAUGCCGAUCUCCCUCACCCCGACGAAGAAGGGCAUCGGCAUGUUCGGCAUGGAGAAGAUCGGCGCCGCUGUCCUCGAUAAGGACAUCUCCAUUAAGCCGACGGUGGUUGCGCAGGGAAUUUCCCGGGUUGACGGCGGAAGCGGCGGAAUCGAACCGAAUGGCAGCGCGGCGGGAGACCAACGGGGAUGCGCGCACGGGGGGGAAGCGGGGGAGGCGGAGGAGGCGGAUGAGGGAAUGGAGUAUGCGGAGAGGCGACACAAAUUUCCCGGGGGACAGGUGUGUUGCGGUGCGGGGAAGGGGAAAGGGGGGUUUAUGGGGGGAGAGUGA